ACCCCGUCCCAUUUUCUUUCCCCAGCACAACAUGUUUCCACUAAAUUAGGAAAACAAACAGAUUAGUAAAGUCAAUAAUGUUAUAUUUGUUAAGUCAAUACAUGUAAGCCUAACUUAAACGUAGCCUACAUUUGACCAUUGAAUGGUUUUCAGUUGCAUUAAAAUGACACAAUAAUCACAAUGACGUCGCCAAAACAUAUUCUAUUUCAGUAUCUCCAACAGUGUAAACACACUUUAAUGCAGUUUAUUCCUUUGACAUUAAUUUGUCACCAAGGAUUUACACUUAACCAUUACUGAUCAGUUACCGUAGUAAGUAACCAUUAUGUAUAAUAUAUAGACUUUGAACUCUGCGAUACCUGUGAGUUGCCCAUGCCCAACUCGCCCUGACGUGCACCUGACUGACGCAUGACCGUCGAGUGAUCGCUGUUUGCAAUCACACACUAAAGGGCUCGGAAUACUACAUUCGAGACUGUGACCUGAUUUCGAACAAAAUCUGGUCCAAACGACAAUUCGUUUCACUAGUUCGCCGCAGCAAACCAAACAGAACUCUCCGGGAAAGUUUGUGUUGGCCGGUAAACACCCUCGAGCCACCAUUGGUCCAUGGCCAUUACGUAAUAGGUGGGUGUGUUAUGUAGCGCCGCCUGGUCUGUGGGAAAUAACGCGUCAUUUUAUUUGCAUACGUCAUGUAAACCCCGCCUCCAGAAACAAAGGGGUGUUGGAUUGUUCGAAAACACUAUACCGUCUCUCAACGUUUUCGAGCUUCGUUUUUACCCCAAACGCAGAACGAAAGCGCAAUUCGCCUGGACUAUGCUGAGCCAUAAGGCCUCCGUUACACUUCUGAGUUCUGAUCGAUCCACGUGUUGUCACUGUUUAUUGCUAAGAGUUUAAGCUCAUGAAUAUGCUAAUGCGUGGUGCGUGAUUUGGUUUACAUGAACCUUCCCUGCAAAGUGCUGUAGGUUUGGUUAUCGGACACCCUUUAGACACAGUAAAGGUGAGUGACUUUCACUGCAGAUGCCCACAUGAACAAAACCGUCGUGUUCUGUAGGAUUUACUAUAGUAAAAUCAAUGUCGUAUAGAUUUACAGUAUAUUGGUAUACAUUACAUACCGCAGUAAUUACUACACUGUAGUAUAGCAUACUGGAGUAUGUGUUUCAUGUGGGUGCUAUAAGUUACAUGAUGAUGUUAUUUCGUCUGCAGGUGCGACUUCAGACCCAGUCUGUGUACAGUGGGACUUUUGACUGUAUGGUCAGGACAUACAAACAUGAAGGGUUUGGUGGAUUUUUUAAGGGUAUGUCAUUUCCGGUCCUCUCCGUCGCUCUGAGCAACGCCGUCAGCUUUGGUUCCUACCGCAACGUUUUGGAUUAUCUCACCCAAUCACAUCGCAGCAUUCAGCCUCCGCUCACAGCCGUCUUCACGGCCGGGUGCUUCUCAGGUGUUACCCAGGCAAGUGAACCCAAUGUUAGGUCACCAAAACCUCCGAUAGAUCUGGUGAAGGUGCGUCUGCAGAACCAGACAGACGGAGGGAAAUACAGAGGUCCCGUACACUGUUUAGCAAUGAUCCUGAGAGAGGACGGACCCAAGGGCCUUUUCAGAGGAUUCUGGGCUCUCGCUUUACGUGACGUGCCGUGUUUUGGACUUUACUUCCUGCCGUACGAGUUGAUGUGCAGGAUGCUGAGCGAGAAAGGGAAACAGCCAGGGACGUUUGCAGUGUUAAUGGCGGGUGGAGUUGCUGGUGUGGUCACGUGGGCCUGUGCUACGCCCAUGGACGUGAUGAAGGCGCGUCUGCAGAUGUCAGGAGCCGGAGGUCGAGUGUAUGACAGCGUCCUGCACUGCGUCACAGUCAGCGUGCGCGAGGAGGGGUUGAGGGUCUUCUUCAGAGGGCUUCUUCUCAACAGCGUGAGAGCGUUCCCCGUCAACGCCGUCACCUUCCUCAGCUUCGAGAUGAUCAUGAGAAACUUUUAAAUGAGUGGUUUUCGAUUCACACCGGUUUGCCUUUUCUAAUAGUUGGGUUGUCCUUGGUGUGAAAAAGAGGAAUCUAAACAUCAUACCUUCACGGUUGGGAAAAGGAUUAAAUAUGCGGAAGAUGCCGGAAAAGCAAAGGUUGGACUUUUGAAGACAAGUGUACGGUGCAAUAUGCAAUAGCAACUAAACCAAAAACACUCCAGGUUAUGUCAGUUUUAAACAUAUGUAUACUUGAGAUGGGUUAUUCUUGAGGUUCUGUUAUUAAUCUGUUGUAGACUAUUAUGUUAUACCACGUCAUGUUCAGGCCAGUACGGAAUAUAAAGCAAACCUACAUUGAAUAAUUCCAGAUUUUUCCUAAACGUUCAACGGUUACAGAUUCUGGCGGGUGUAUGUGU